AUGUAUAACGAGAUAGAGAGAAAUUACGAUGAUGUUGCCAUCAGCACAUUCAAGAAAGGCCUGCCGACAGAGCACGGUUUAAGGAAGUCCUUGACUGGGAAACCGGUCACUAGCGUGCGCCAACUCAUGGACCGAAUCAACAAGUACAAGAGAGUCGAAGAGGACCAGCAGACGGGAAAAGGCAAGGCGAAGGUUGUCCCUCAGGAGAGGAAGGACUUCAGGUUAGACCGAUUUAACAAUAGUAAUCGGCCGAGAAGGGAUUACUUGGAACAGUCUGGAUCUACCGGGGCACAGGCAGUCCAUGCUGUGUUCCGAGAACCAUUACACAAGAUCUUAGAGAAGUUCAAGAAUGAAUCGUUCUUUCAAUGGCUAAGUAGGAUGGCAGGCGACCCUGCAAAGCGCAACCAGAACCUAUAUUGCGAAUACCACCAAGAGUCGGGCCACACCAUCGAUGACUGCAGAAACCUGAAAAACCACUUGGACCGGCUGGUCCGAGAGGGAAAGCUGAGACACCUCUUGCAUCAUCCUGUUGGACGACAAGAGCAGACGAGUGUCGAGGCAAGGCAAAGCACAUUAAGACCGCCUAUUGGCACGAUAAAUGUCAUUCUUGCUGCUUUAGGAAGAACCGACUCCCACCCUUUCAGAGUGGUGUCGGUGACCCGACUCCCCUUUGAAGUUGAUGACCGGGAGUCUAAGAGGGUUAAAGGGAUGGCCUUACCUAUGCUCGGAUUCUCGGAUGAGGAUAAAGUUGGAACCAUCCAACCCCACGACGAUACUCUAGUCAUCACACUGAGGAUUGGGGGAUAUGACGUGAAGAGGGUGCUAGUUGAUCAGGGCAGUGCCGUGGAAGUAAUGUACCCCGACUUGUACAAGGGGUUGAAGCUGAGACCAGAAGACCUGACAGUAUAUGACUCCUCUUUGGUGAGUUUCGAAGGGAAAACUGUUAUCCCGAAAGGCCAGAUUAGGCUACCUAUACAAAUAGGUCCGGACAUAGUGGAGGUUCAUAGUGGUGGACGCAUAUUCGCCCUACACCGCCAUUGUGGCCAGACCAUGGCUUCAUGCCCUAGGAGCUGUAUCAUCAACUUUACACCAAAAGGUGAAGUACCCGUCGGAAGGUCAGGUCAAAGAAGUGAUAGGGGACCAAGCCGUGGCCCGGCAAUGCAUGGUGUCUACCAUCUUGCGACGACCGAGUACUGA